GAAGGGAGGGACGGAGGGAGGGGGGUCUGAUGCAAUGCUAUUUAAACCCCAAACCGUGCAAUUAAUUUUCUGUGAAAAAUAUUGUUCUUGUUGUGAAUUGGGUUGGAAGAUUUUGCUAGAUCGUUGCAAAACACAGACGGAAAUGCAAAGCGCUGCUUACCAAAAGCCACAGUUCGGCAAGUGGCUGAUAGAUCAGAUUAACAGUGGCCAGUACCCAGGGCUGGAGUGGGUGGACAAAGACCGGUUCCGCAUCCCUUGGAAACACAACUCCAGGAAAGACUGCAAUGAUGAUGACUGUAUGAUAUUCAAGGCUUGGGCUAUAGCCAGUGAGAAAUUCCAUGAAAAUCAAAAUGACAAAGCCAAAUGGAAAACUAACUUCCGCUGUGCCUUAAACAGCCUGAAGAAUUUCAUAAAGAUACAAGACAAAUCAAAAGAGUCAGAUGAUCCACACAAAGUCUACCAGAUUUUAGAAAUGCCAACUGACUAUGUGAAAACCAUUAAAGAGGACGAGACUGCACAGCAAUAUGUCAACCCCCAGCCUUCCCCAGCUCCUAUCAUAUACCCGAACCAGCGUGUACCACAGUACCUACAGCCCGAGGAUGCGCAGCAAGAAUUGUUGAACGAGCAGCUGCACACCCUGAAUAUUGGAAAUCAAUACCCAGACCACUCGCGGUGGGAUCAGCUACCCACCUAUGGCAUGCCUGCUGAGGAAUAUCCCAUUGAGCCUGUACCCUAUGCACCAGAUCAAGUCUCUCAGAAUGCAAUUCCAAAUCAUAUCCCAGAGCAGCCCUACUAUGCCGAAAAUGAACUCCUCCUGCCUGAUUUGAACGAUUUGGAGAUUACCAUCUACUACCGGAAGCAGACCGUGCUGUUUACACAGGUACGAGGCCCCAAAGUACAGCUUCACUACAACAAGGCGGACCCCAGCCUGGGCCCAGAGCGGCUUGUGUGCUUCCCUGGAACAGAGCAGCUCGUGGACCACAGGCAGAUUAAGUACACCCAGAAGCUCCUCAACAGCAUCCAGAGAGGCCUGCACCUGGAGGUCAAGCCAAAGGGCAUCUACGGGACACGACUAGAUAAGUGCCACGUGUACACAGCCCACAACACGCCUGUGAUCGAGGAGCCAAGCAAGCUACCCAACAACAGGGAGGUGGAGCUUUUUAGCUUCCAAAAAUACUUAAAAGAUUUAUUCGAUUUUAAAGAAAACAAGCGCGGCUCUCCAGAUUAUACAAUUUACCUUUGCUUCGGGGAGAAGUUUCCUGACGGGAAACCGAAGGAAACUAAAUUAAUCCUAGUGAAGGUCGUUCCCCUAGUCUGCCGAUUUUGGCAUGAAAUGGCUCAGAGAGACGGGGCAUCUUCUUUACAGAGCGGCAACAUCAGCCUGCAGUUAUCCAACAACAGCCUGUAUGAAUUAAUCAAUUCCUACAUGCCUGACCUGGAAAUGUUUUCUGUCUAAAGUCAUAUUGGUAAUUGCAUGGCAAACAAAUAUAAAAAUCCGUUUUUAUUGCUCAGCAGACAGCCUCUCUUGUUGCUGUCUCUUCCUUUCUCUCUUGUCCUAUCAAUAACUCUUAUUAGUAAAACUGCUUGCUGCUUUGUAGUAGCAGUGGACUAGUCUUAUAUAAUAGAGAGUGUACUCUUCAAUUCCAUUUAAUAUAACCCUGACAAUUGUAUGGACUUCAUGCAAUAGUUCAAGAUAAAAAAAAAAAAAAUACAUGUUUAAGUAUAUAUAUAUUAUGAAAAUAUAAAUGUCAAGUUUGGGCAUUGGUGGUAACACUAUGCAAAAUUGUCUCAAGCACACUGCACUAAAUAUGCAUAGGCACUAUUAUAGAAUUUUAAAUUAAACUGCAGGGCCAGUAUACUUGACCCAUAUUCAAUGAUCAAUAAUUCUUUGAGUUUGAGCGCACACACACUCUCUCUUUCACGCGAUUGAAGAUUCAAAGGACAACAGCUCAGCCAGUAGAGCGUUGGCACUGGAAGCAAAAGACUCAGGUUUGAUUCCUAAUUCUGCUGCCACUAUUUCCAAUAGCACACGCUGAUAUAAUCCAAGAUAAAAAGGUGCACAGCAGUUUAGUGUAACAAAACGCAUUAAACAUGACAAGCACAGGGUAAAUAUGUCUAACGCAAUGGGCUGAGCCGGUGAGGUUGCACAGCACUAAAGUAUAACGCAAACCCAGCACACUCCCAAAGACAUACCCUUCUAAACAGUGCUAUAGUAUGAGAGAGUAGUGGUCAGAACACUGUAGUUUAUUAUUAAACCCUUACAUUGAAACUUAGAACCUCUCUUAGCUAAUAACAAACUGGCCACACUACAGUAUCAAAGAACUCAGCAGGCAAUAGUUAAACUAGUCUGACAUUAUACUGUAGGUUUAAUAAAACGGUUUUCACCUUAUAGUGGAAAGAUCAUUCCCCUUGGGUUGAAACGGUGACCUUUAGUAAGGUUACGACCUCCAGUUAUUGUCUGUCUGUCGCUUUUUCAACCUUCUGGGUAGUAGUUUUUCACUAUAUAGUAUACUAUACUAUUUUGUCUAUUUUAUUAUAUUAAACUAUAGUGUUUUGACCACUACUAUAAUACCAUGGUAUUUUAUAUGGACAGAUAACCCUGCUAUCUGGUAACUUUAAAAGCUAUUUAGAUUUGCUUAAAUUAGACAUACUGAAAACGGGAGCUGGACCUCCCACAGUAUUUAAACAAAUUGUCUUCUUGUGAAGAAUUAAACACUGAGCAUUAUUUUGUUACAUGCCCUAAAAAGGGUACAUUUUUUUACUUGCCCUAAGAAAAGGACACAUCUAAUUCUCAACUUGUUGACCAGGCAUAGGGUUAUAAAGUUGUUUUACUGCUAUGCCAACUAUGAGAUUAGCAACCCAUGAAGCAAUUAUUAUAAUUGUUUCAAUACAGUAUGAGUAAGAAGAGAUCUCCUACUAGAAUAUUAUUAUAUAUAUAUAUAUAUAUUUUACUUUGAGAGUCUUAUCUGUGUUUCUUUGCUGCUUUGGUGUAUAAGGCUUUUGUUGUAAGAAUAAAAUAAAGAUGAAUUGCAGGU